AUUUAGUGUUGGUUAGGUCAACAAGACAUGUUCAUUUUUGGCUAAUCUAAGAUCACACUUUUUGGUUACUCUUCUCAAUGAUUAACCUUAAUGUUUAUAUUAUCUUAUUGUCACUUAGUAAUCUCAUUAUCUUGAUGAAAGUGAUUAACUGACUGAUCAAUUUGAUUGGUGUCAAACAAUUUAAAUUGUUUGAAAUUCACAAGCUUCACCAGAGUGAAUUAAAUCUUCACUCUUUUUAGUUUAUUCUUCUUUCCACCUUUUCAUCUUCCUCCUUUUUCCUCCUCAUCAUCAUCAUCAUCUCUCUCUCUUCAUUUAGGCUUCUUUGUUUUCCUUCAUCUUCUCCAUCUUUCCCAUCAUCUAACUGUUACUCUCUGUAUCUCUUUACCUUUAAAAUUCAAUUGUUCAUCUUUUUCAAUUCUUAAAGUGACUAAAAAUUGUUAUCAAUACAUUUUCCUCUUCUCAUCAUCUAUGCAUCCAUCGAACUGUGCUAACAAUAUAAUCACCAUUAAUUGUCAUCAUCAGAACAUCACAUUCAACAAUCUCCUCAUCAUCAGUCGAACAUCAAGUUAACAUUAUAUUUAUACUUUAAAUCAUUUGGAUUCCCUUUAAUUACAAUUAGAAAUGGUUUCGCUGGUGAGAAAACAUUUAAACCUUUCAUUCAUUGUCACAUGUUUCCUUACAGUAAUCAUAGGAAAAGUGUUCGCACUGAAAUGUUACAUUUGCGAGAGCUACGGUUCCGAACCAUGUCCACUGGAAGAUCUGAAAACGUGUCCAAAUAAUCAGGCCUACGAUGUUUGCUUGGUGCGGAUGCAGAAAUCAGGAGAUAAACCGAUGAAGGUAAUUAGGGGAUGUGCUCUUGGCCCAUGUAACUUUCGUGAACCUGCUUUCGAUAAUAUUUUCAAUCUUCGAAAACAAUGUGAUAUGUCAAAGGACUUUUACGAUUGUGUUUAUUGUUGCAAAGACGAUGGUUGCAAUAAAGACCACAGUUCGUCACUGGUACCGACCUUUGUUAUCGUCGUUGGUUCUCUGUUAAUUACCCAGUUAAUUAAUCACUAAUCACCUCUCAACCUUUAUUAUCCAUUUUAAAGCACAAAUUCAAUCAUACUGAUGAUAGUUUACUUUAAUCCAGUUGAUACAAAUGCAAUUGUUUUCUCUGCCUCUUUGCUUUAAUUUAAGUUUUUUCUUCAACAACAUCAGGUAUUGAUUUAAUUGCGAUCAAUAUAUUAAUAAUUAUAACUGUAAACUAAUCAUAUGGUAAUUCACUGACAUGAUCUUCCUCUUCAUUCAUUAUCAUCUUCAUCACUUAACUCAUUCAGUCACUUUAAACUUGUAAAAUGUCACAAAAUUAAUAAAUCACCGGAUUAACAAUCUUAA